GAGAGAGAGAGAGGCAUCUCCCUCGCCUGCAAAAGACACACACAGAAGAAGAAGAAGCAGAGAGUCCGGGCUGGCUCUCACGGGCAGCAGCCGGGAAAAGAGCUCAGGAGCAUCUCUCUCUGUCUCUCGUGACCCCCUCUUCAUCCUCUCUGGACUGAGCCUGGAGAAGCUGCUGAGUGGAGAGGCUGGAGGGAGAGAGGGGAGGAAAAGGGGGCAGGGUGGACCUCCGCCCCAUCGCCUCUCCACCCCUCUCCAUCCCAGGGCUUUUGAGGAAUCCAGAGUGAGACUCCAGAGAAAUAUCUGGGAGCAUCAAGGCACUACAAGGUGAGGAUUGGGCACUGCUUGCCCCAAGGCCAACUGGACUUCAACUCUAACUCUGACCCUAACCCUCAUCCCAAAGGUGUUGAGGAAUCCAGAACGAGCCUCCAGAGAAAUAUCUGGGAGCAUCAAGGCACUACAAAGCAAGGAUUUGGCACCGCUUGCUCUUAGCCGGACUUGUGGGGAACCAGGGCAACCUGGACUUCAACUCUAACUAACUCUAACUCUAACCCUGACCCUUCCAUCCCAGAGGUUUUGAGGAAUCCAGUACGAGUCCCCAGAAAAAUAUUUGGAUGUAUCAAGGCACUGCAAAGCAAAGAUUUUGCACUGCUUGCCUUUAGCCAGACUGGUGAGGAACCAGGGCAACCUGGACUUCAACUCUAACCCUAAACCUAACUCUAACCCUGACCCUUCCAUCCCAGAGAUUUUGAGGAAUCCAGAAGAAGCCUCCAGAGAAAUAUUUGGGAGCAUCAAGGCACUACAAGCUGAGGAUUUGGCACUUCUUGCCCUUGGCCAGACUGGUGAGGAACUCUAACUCUAACCCUGACCAUCCAUCCCAGAGCUUUUGAGGAAUCCAGAACGAGCCUCCAGAGAAAUAUUUGGGAACAUCAAGGCACUACAAAGCAAGGAUUUUGCACUGCUUGCCUUUAGCCAGACUGGUGAGGAACCAGGGCAACCUGGACUUCAACUCUAACCCUAACCCUCUAUUCCAGAGCUUUUGAGGAAUCCAGAACAAGACUCCAGAGAAAUAUUUGGGAGCAUCACUGCACUACAAGGCGAGGAUUUGGCACUACUUGCCCUUAACCAGACUGGUGAGGAACCAGGGCACAUUGGACUUCAACUCUAACCCUAAUCUUAACCCUCCAUCCCAGAACUUUUGAGGAAUCCAGAACGAGCCCCAGAGAAAUAACUGGGAGCAUCAAGGCACUGCAAAGCGAAGAUUUGGCAGUUCUUGCUCUUAGCCAGACGGGGGAGGAACCAGGGCAACCUGGACUUCAACUCUAACCCUAACUCUAACCCUAAUCCUCCAUCCCAGAGCUUUUGAGGAAUCCAGAACAAGACUCCAGAGAAAUAUUCGGGAGCAUCAAAGCACUACAAAGUGAAGAUUUGGCACUGCUUGCCCUUAACCAGACUGGUGAGGAACCAGGGCAGACUGGACUUCAACACUAACUAACUCGAACUCUAACCCUAACCCUUCCAUCCCAGAGUUUUUGAGGAAUCCAGAACGAGCCUCCAGAGAAAUAUUUGGGAGCAUCAAGGCACCGUAAUGCAAGGAUUUGGCACUGCUUGCUCUUAGCCAGACUUGUGGGGAACCAGGGCAAAUUGGACUUCAACUCUAACCCUAGUCCUAACCCUCCAUCCCAGAGCUUUUGAGGAAUCCAGAAUGAGACUCCAGAGAAAUAUCUGGGAACAUCAAAACACUACAAAGCGAAGAUUUGGCACUGCUUGUCCUUAGCCAGACUGGUGAGGAACCAAGGCAGACUGGACUUCAGCUCUAGCCCUAACCCUGUUCUUUGUCUUGGGAGGUGUUCUGGAGGUGUUCUCCAAGAUGCACCCCGGGAAUGUGGAGGUGGUGGGACCUUCGUCACUCGCUGUCCCACCUCAGGAGAAGACUUCCACAGAAGUUGCUGUGACCACGAUCAUCCAGUCCAGGAUGGAGAACUUCCGGAAGGUGAAGACCUCCGAGGAGGAGAGCCCCCUUCCCUUCUCGGGCUUGCCCCCGAACGUGGUGGAGAUGAAGGUGAAGGAGGGCAGCAAAAUCCGCAACCUGAUGGGUUUCGCCAUGGGCAGGAUGGCGCUGGGCGAGACGCGGCAGAUCGUCUUCAGCGGCUGUGGUCGGGCGGUCACCAAGACCAUCACCUGCGUGGAGAUCAUGAAGCGCAAGCUAGGCGGCCUCCACCAGCUCACUAAGGUUCAAUACAAGACCCUGAGGGAAGUCUGGGAAGACAAGUGUCCGCGCCCCGAGGGACAAGUGGAGCACCUCACUGUCCACAAGAAUGUGCCUUCCAUCUGUAUCUUGCUCUCCAAGGACCCGCUGGAUCCCAACCAGAUGGGUUACCAACCCCCUGAACCUCCAGAGGGGUUGUGGGUCAAUGAGGGUAGCAGCCAUGAAGCUGGAUCUGGAGGAACGUCGACAAAGGGCAUCAAGAGAAGGUAUUCUGUGACUCAUGGAGAGGAACAUCAGGGCACCAAGCGAGGACCAGGGGAACAUCAAGAAGAUCCAGGAGAACUUGGAGAGCAAGGUGGGUUAUGGACAUGGACAAUGUCUUCCUCCUGACGCACACUGUUCUGAGGAACCCUAAGCCAUAGGUUGCAUCUCCAGAUGUGAUGACAUUAGAAGUACAGGCAUAUGCUAAUAUUCAGAAGGCACUCUAGAUUUGAAGCUGCCUUGCAACCCACUAAAAGGGACCAGAUGCAGUCUACUCCUGCUUUUGUUGUAAACUUGCUUUGGGAGACACUUCCUCUAUUCCUGGUUUCUUCAUCUAUGACCAUGGUCAUGGAGAUGGAUCUGGAGGACCAUUGACAAAGGACAUCAAGAGAAGGUUCUCCAUGACCCAUGGAGAGGACCAUCAGGGCACCAAGUGAGAACCAGGGGAACAUCAAGAAGAUCCAAGAGAACUUGGGGAUCAAGGUGGGUUAUGGACAUGGACAAUGCCCUCCUCCUGACACACACUCCAGAAGUGACUGCAUCGUAAGCGAAGGUAUAUUCUGAUAUUCAGAAGGCACUCUAGAUUUGUAGCUGCCUUGCAAUGCACUAAAAAGGACCAGAUGCAGCCCA